AUGGCCGAGAUCCGUCGCAAGCUCGUCAUCGUAGGCGAUGGUGCCUGCGGUAAGACCUGUCUUCUCAUUGUCUUCUCGAAGGGCACCUUCCCUGAGGUCUACGUCCCCACCGUCUUUGAGAACUACGUCGCCGAUGUUGAGGUUGAUGGCAAGCACGUCGAGCUUGCUCUUUGGGAUACUGCUGGCCAGGAAGAUUACGAUCGUCUCCGUCCUUUGUCAUACCCCGACUCGCACGUCAUUUUGAUCUGUUUCGCCGUCGACUCGCCCGACUCGCUCGACAACGUCCAGGAGAAGUGGAUUUCCGAGGUCCUCCACUUCUGCCAGGGUCUUCCCAUUAUCCUGGUUGGCUGUAAGAAGGAUUUGCGUAACGACCCCAAGACCAUUGAGGAGCUCAACAAGACCUCCCAGAGCCCCGUCAGUGAAAGCCAGGGUGAGGAGGUCCGCAAGAAGAUCGGUGCCUACAAGUACCUCGAGUGCUCUGCCCGUACAAGCGACGGUGUUAAGGAGGUCUUCGAGGCCGCCACUCGCGCAGCUCUGCUGAAGAUCACCAAGGGUGGCCGCGGCGGCAAGACCAAGAGCAAGUGCUUGAUCCUGUAA